UUUGGACCUUUUCGACAGUUCUUAUUGAACACCAGCUGGAAAGCAGCCCAGGUAAUGUUUGUAAAAACAAAAUAACUAGCCAACCCAUUAUUGUUACAUGUCUAAUAUGUCUUUAUUCAAGGGCUUGCAGUUGGUCAGAUUGGGAGAGCAGACUGAUGUUUCCAUCAAGGAGGUGCCAGUGAGUUAUGUUAAGACUCUGCAAAUCAUUGCUGAUAUUUGGCAAACUCUUCACCCAAAGUUUGCAGUACAUCUGGGCGUAGCCAGAGGUUCUAAUGUCGUCUUUUUGGAGCAAACAGGGAAGAACAGUGGAUACAGAGACACAGAUGUAUGCGGCUUCUGUCCUGACAGUCACUGCUGUGUGGAAGGAGGACCAGAGAAACUGGACUCAGUUGUUAACAUGAGAGCUGUCGCCAAAGGGUUCCAACAAGCAGGGACGGAUGCCGUUUAUUCCAGAGAUGCUGGCAGGUACCUGUGUGAUUUUGCUUAUUACUGCUCACUGUAUCACAGUCAGAGGAGAGCAGCCCUCAUCCAUGUGCCCUCAUCUGGCAGCCUGACCUCAGCUGACAGACUGGUACCUCUGCUGCAGAGCCUCAUUCACACUAUGCUGAACCAGCUGGAGGACCCUUUAGAAUCAGCAUGAAGAGAGGAUGACAGCGAGACUUCCUCAAGCCAGCGGUCACAGCGAGGUAGAUCUCCGAAUGAAGACAUUUCACACAACACAGACUUAUCACUGAAUGAUGUGGAUUGGCAACCGUGGCCUGGGAGGGAAUUAAAUGGAACAAACAGUAAA